GAGCAGACAGGUCUGUGGUAACUUGGGGCCAAGCCGCGAGUGGGGGAGAUUGCAGCGCCGUGCGACAUCAGCUUUAUGAUGUGCAAGAAAUCCAAAGCAAUGCAUUUGCUUUCGCUGCGCUUCGGGCAGACGGGAGCGUGGUCACCUGGGGCGAAGACUGGAUGGGAGGUGACAGCUCUUCUGUUCGUUUGGAGCUGCAGGACGUACUUCGCAUCUACAGCAGGAGACAUUCCGGCAUGUUUGCUGCCAUCAAAACCCGUGGCCGGAUUGUAUUUUGGGGCAAUGCAGCACACUUCGGGGAGAUCAACACCGGGCUUUCGAACAUUGCACACUUUAUAUAUGCUGGAGGACGUUGGGCGGCAGCUUCGGAGGAUGGUAGUCUGGCGCUCAGCUACCGAUCUAUCGAUGGCGAAAGGUGCAUGCAAGUCCCGGAUUGUGCUCUCAAGCUUGUUCAUUGCUUGGACUGCAUCGCCAUUCUUCAAAAGAACGGAGAGGUGCUGUUCUGGGGACGCGCCAUCCCAGGGUGGCUCCGUAACGAAUUGAAAAAUGUAGCCCAACUGCGGGUCACAAGAAAUGCUUCUGAAUGUGCCGCAAUUCGAUCAGACGGUUCAGUUGUAACCUGGCGUUUUCGAUCCACGGGGGUCCAUGUGGGUGCCCGACGGGCAGUUCGCAGCCAGCUGAGAAACAUCAAACAAAUACAGAGAAACGAUUGUGGUUUUGCUGCUCUGCGGGAAGAUGGUUCAGUCGUGACCUGGGGCACAAGCAGAUUUGGCGGCAGCAGUUCCAUCGUGAGGACGCAGCUGAAGGAUGUGGUAUGUAUUCAGGCCAACAACCUGGCCUUCGCGGCGGUUCGUUGUGAUGGAUCCGUGGUGUCAUGGGGCUGGUCUCACGCUGGUGGCGACAGCCGCCAUGUGCAAGAAGAGCUUGGUAGAGCGAAAGUAAGGACAGCCGCGCCCAAAACGAAACCUACGCCGAAGUGUGGGAAAAAGACGCCCACGUCCACCGCUGGGGCAAGGCCGAAAGCGGCGUCUCGGGUGUUGAAGAAGCCCUCGAAGACCUAA